ACAGUGCUCACAGCCUUCGUUUUUAUGGUUCCAAUGUGCUAACACACUCGGUCGUCGUUUCUUCCCGAAACCCACUUCAACCCCACCUCUCUUUCUCUCUCGCUCAGCCCAGCUUUCCCUCUUCUUCUCCACCAUGGUGGUUUACAGACUCGGAUGUCUUCUGGGUUUCCUUGCUUUUAUUGGACUGCAGCUAAUCCCUCUAGCAAUGGCUGACUGUCCAUUAAAUUUAAGUAGAUCAAAUGCUACUCUAGUUGCCUCUUUGUGCUCGAAUAGAGACGACAGAGGAAAAUGUUGCCGCUACGUAAAUGCUUUCAUUGCAAUAUCUAUUGCUCAGUAUGCAAAUGCAACAAGCAACUUAGGGGUACCUUCAAACUUAUCCAACACAUGCCUUGAUUUCAUAUCACAAACUUUAGAAUUGCAUGGAGUUCCCCAGAAUGCAACAGCUUUCUGUGGUUUGGGGACAAAAAUCCCAGUAAAUUAUGAGUGUAAGGGUCGAACAACUGUUACACAGAUGGUGCAGUCUCCAGAAUUCCCUGAUGUCAUGGAAAAUUGCAAAGUACCACUUUCAGGGGAAAGUAAUUGCAAGAAGUGUAUAAAUGCUGGUAUUGUAUAUCUUCAUCAUCUAUUAGGAACUGAAACUAAUAUAACAUUCAAUACCUGCCGUGAUGCAACUUUUGCUGCACUAGCAAGCCAAGUUGAUAUUGCUUCAGCUGUUGGCAUUGCAAGCUGUUUCUUUCAAGUCCAGGGGCUUAACAUCCUACCAGAGCCAUCGCCAUCAUCCACCCCAAUGGCAUCUCCAAGUCCAUUGGUAGCUGCUAGUCCAAACCAACAUUUGUUGGGCUUACCCUUUAGUGAAAAACAUCAUGCCUACCAUCUGACCCUGGUUCCAGUUAUCGGCAUUGCAGUAACAGUUGUUGCUGUAAUGAUGCUUUUGGUCUUGAUAGUUCUUAUUCGUAAGAAAAACAGAGAGCUAAUGGAUUUUGAAGAUAUAGAUAAGACAUCUAAAUCAUUUCCCCCACCUCGUCCUUUAAGGAAAUUUCAGGAAGGUCCUCCAUCUAUGUUUCAAAAAUUCAGCUACAAGGAGAUAAAGAAGGCGACAGACAAUUUCAGUACUAACAUUGGACAAGGGGGAUUUGGAACUGUGUACAAAGCUCACUUUAGUGAUGGUUUAGUGGCAGCAGUGAAGCGGAUGAACAAAGUUUCUGAGCAGGGGGAGCAUGAGUUCUGCAGAGAGAUAGUGCUUCUUGCCAGAUUGCAUCAUCGUCAUCUUGUUUCUCUUAGGGGUUUCUGCAUUGAGAAACAUGAGAGGUUUCUGAUGUAUGAGUACAUGGCAAAUGGUAGCUUGAAGGAUCAUCUUCAUUCUCCCAAUAAAACUCCUCUAAGUUGGCGGACUAGAGUUCAAGUUGCCAUUGAUGUGGCUAAUGCUCUGGAGUAUCUCCACUUCUAUUGUGAUCCUCCUCUCUGCCAUAGAGAUAUCAAGUCCAGCAAUAUCUUACUGGAUGAAAAUUUUGUGGCCAAGGUUGCAGAUUUUGGCCUUGUCCAUGCAUCAAAAGAUGGUUCAAUUUGCUUUGAACCGGUGAAUACUGAUAUCCGGGGAACUCCAGGUUAUAUGGAUCCGGAGUAUGUCGUUACUCAGGAGUUAACAGAGAAAAGUGAUGUAUACAGCUAUGGUGUCCUAGUGUUGGAGAUAGUGACUGGGAGACGAGCAAUACAAGACAACAGGAAUUUGGUUGAAUGGUCUCAAAAAUACAUGGAAUCGGAAUCAAGACUACCAGAUUUACUCGAUCCCCGUAUAAAGGACUCAUAUAACUUGGAUCAGCUUCAAACACUCAUGUCUGUUGUCAGUUGGUGCACCCAGAGGGAAGGCCAGGACAGGCCUUCAAUCAAACAGGUGCUUAGGCUUUUGUACGAGAGUUCGGACCCAAUGCAUAGUGGAUUUAUUGCAUCUGUAAACGAUGAAGACUAUGAAGAGACAGAAGGAAGAGGAAGGAACAGUAAAGGGAAGAUGCAUAGGAAUGACAUGAUCUGUCACAGUGGGGAUGGGAGAUAUCUGGCUUCUUCUUCAAGUACAUCCAGGUCAUAUUGUAGCAGAAGCUUUUUGCUUGAAACUGGGUCUCCACAGUCCCCUCCUAAUAUUUUGUCUGUUUGAUGCAUGCCUUCAUUUGCUGUAGUCACCGAAAAGGGGGUAGCACAAGUGCAUGCAUAUUUGAAAUCACUAUAUUAGAUUGCCUUUUUCUACAUUUGCUUCACCCUAACCUUUUCAGAAGCACAUCAAACAACUUCCAGAGGAUAGUAUAAGA